AUGGCUGCACCUGCGGCUGACGGCAGGGAUGCUAGAUCCAUUGUAGAGCCCCAAUAUAAAUUUGAGGUUUACAAGCAUCAAGCAUGUCGUGGUACACACGAAAAGCACGACAACAAGGACAGCUAUUACGAGCGCAUCCGAGCUUCUCCCAGCCAGUGCCGCGAAUAUUGCGAGGACGAUGAUCAAUGCACAGGAUACGAAACCGGCCAGGACAAACACUGUGAAUUGUGGAAUUCCGAGAUAGGUGAUGUACUACAAGACAAUCGCGACCUUUCAUGCUAUGUCAAGGAAACAUACUACCCAGAGAUGCCAAAUUACAAAAUGUACCAAUACGAUGUAGAUGAGAACCGCGCCUGCCGCGGUACUAAUGGGAAACAUGACAACGAUGAGGACUAUUACAAGCUAGUUAAACUUUCCGGCUCUGAUUGCCGGUGGAAGUGUGAUCUCAAUUCAUGGUGCACAGGGUACCAAACUGGCAAGAACCAUCAGUGUGAGUUGUGGACUUAA